UUCAUUUGACUACCAUCCUUAUGUAAGCAAUAUCUAUAGCUGUACAUUGACUAGACUUAAAGCAGCGGACAUUGACCAAGAAGUAAAAGAAAGAGCAAUAUCCUGCAUGGGUCAGAUUAUUCAUUCACUUGGUGAUGAUUUGCAGUCAGAAUUGCCUAUCUGCCUGCCCAUAUUUCUAGAUAGAUUAAGAAAUGAAAUUACCAGACUCACAACUGUCAAGGCCUAUACACUAAUUGCAGGAUCUCCUUUAAGGAUUAAUCUUGGACCACUUCUGAAUGAAUCAAUGCCAAUCCUAGCAUCCUUCCUUAGAAAAAACCAAAGAGCCUUAAAGCUGGCAACUCUAACAACAUUGAAUGUCCUUAUGAACAACUAUGGGAAGUCCCUUUCAGAGGACAACAUAGCCAAUGUUUUGAAUGAAGUUCCACCUUUGAUUAAUGAAAGUGACUUGCAUAUCUCCCAGCUGACAUUAUCCUUAUUGACUGCUACUGCCAAGGUACACACCAAUAGUAUGGCUAAAGCAAGCUCAACAACACUUCCAGCUGUGAUGGAAUUAGUAAAAUCACCACUUUUACAAGGUGGGGCAUUGAAUGCAAUGCUUACUUUGUUAAUGGAGCUUGUCAAUUCAGGCAUUCAGGGCAUGGCAUUUUCUAAUUUAUUUGAG